UCUUUCUCCCUCUACCGGAUUAAUCAGUCUAAGCGCUAUUUCGCAUCGCAUAGUGAAAUAAUCACACGCCUUCGCCAUUCUGUUCAUAACUUUUCUCCUUACAUGUUAUCUUGAGACAUUGUUUUCUACUAGCUUGGUACAUUAUUAUUCAUCGAUUCCUAACAAGUGCUAUACAUAAAAUAUCUUUUCAAUAAACACUUUAAACUUGUUUCUUUAACAUAAGUAUUGUGUUAAUUGCAUGUAUUGUAUUGUAUUUUUAUUGUAUAUUGUAUUUAUUGACCAUAACAAAAAAAAAACAUAACCAAACAACAGGGUAAUUCACAACAAAUAACAAGUCUUAUGCAAUAUAAUUUACCACAAAGAGAUUAGAUAGGAAUUUUUAUCAAAAAUAUAUAAAACAAAAUGGGACGUAGGAAAAGUAAACGAAAGCCACCAAGUAAAAAAAAAGCUAUACAACCAUUGGAUACACAAUUUAAUUGUCCUUUUUGUAAUCAUGAGAAAUCAUGUGAAGUUAAAAUGGAUAAAUCUCGGAGUACGGCAAGGAUAACGUGCAGAGUCUGUUUAGAAGAUUUUCAAACAACGAUAAAUCUUCUAUCGGAACCAUUAGAUGUAUAUAAUGAUUGGAUAGAUGCGUGUGAAAGUGCUAAUUAAAAUAUUUUUAUAUCAUCAUAUAAGAAAAGUGUUAUAUUUCAUAUUAUAUUCAUAUCUUUUCA